ACAUUGAUUGUGAUCAGUCUCAUCAAUUUAGUUUCGCAUGGGAUAGUACAACCUCAGUCAGAAUGAAUUCAUUAUUUUGAGCUCCAGAGAAACAUGGUGUUGGGAUGAUAGUAGCCUUCAGCAGCCAUCGUGUAUUUCCUAAAGGGAAAUGUUCUGCAACUUUAACAUAAGUUGUUCAAGAUGGUAUACUUUGGUGAUGAUUAAUGUGUGUCGGAUAUUCCUUGAUGGUCAGUUUUGAAAUUAGUGUUGGAAGUCGAAAUGGAAGCGGAUUAUAGGAGGGUAAAAGAUGGCGGGAUUGGAGGUAUUCCAUAUUUUGCUUGAUCCCCGCCCCUCUGCCCCCGCCCCCCUCUCUCUCAUUUUCAUUGCCGUUGAAAUGGGACAGCAUUUUAUUUAUUAAUUGAUGAUCAUGUAUAUUUAUUUAUCUAAUUACAAGACAACAUGCACAUGCUCGUGUUCCAUGAAACCAGAGAUAAAACACUAUAAAAUAUUGGAUGGUAUAGCUAUUCUAUUCCUAUUCCAAGCCAAAAUCCUUUUGCUACCUGAAAUUACCCAUGACCUGAAACCUCCCAUGUUUGGUUGAUGCUGAUGUAUAACCUUGAGGAUCAGAGCAGACAGGGUCGCGACACUCGGAGCAUAGGUCGUCAAGAUCCACUUCCAAAUCCAGUUACAGGAUUCAAUCUCAUGCACGUUCAGCGUAGCAUCAUGCAUGUUGGUGUAUAUAACUUAUAGCAGUUAGAUUUUUGUCAACUCUGGAGAAGCAACAUGUUUUGUUGAUUUGGGGUUGUAAUGUAUGUAUAUGUAUGUCUCGCUCAUGGAUGCUUCGAUGGCGAUGCCUUUAUGUCUGAGUAGAUUAUUGGCAUACCCACACACAUGACACCUGUGGAAUAAGAGUCUGCACGCUUCUAAACCACUAAUGAUCAGAUGAUUGGCAUCAAACAAACCACGGAAUAAUUAUCUUCAUGCUGGACACGUGAAUUAUCUGAAAGUUCACAUUAUUGACCGUCGGCUCGUAUAUCAAAGCUUUAAUAAUUGAUUAUUCACUGUGGUGCCAUGAUGAUCCAUCAUUCUCAACCAAAAUAUCGAGGAAUAAUAAUCGUAUCGAGUGUUAGAUUUACUGCCAGAUAACUUGGAACUCAUCGACGGAGGUUUUAGUUUGGAGCACUGAGCAUGGCGACGUCGAUGUUUGGAAGUGGUAGGAUGUCCACCACGUCAAGGUCAAGGCAUGGUCUGAAAAUCGGACUGGUCAUCAUCCUGGUGGUCGGUUUCGCGCCCAUACUCAUCUCACUGAAUUCAGGUUCGACAUCGUCGUCGUCUUCAUCGUCAGUUGCGAUUGGAGAGCAUGGACAGGGACCGAUGAAUGCUUGGGUGAUGAGGGACGGUGAUGAUAAGACGAGAGAAGGGGCGAUGGAGGCACCCAUUGCUGAACAGAUAGGAGGAAGUAUCAUCAAAAUGGGGAAAAGCAAGGACAUUCAGGGUAAUAAUCGUCGCCUCAAUACUAACCAACAAACACGUCACCGAACUUCUGACCAAUCAGAGCCCAUCCAAAGGUCACGUGACAUUAAUCCUCCGGUACUCAAGGAGACUGCUGGGAACUUUGAGCCCCCUCGCCAGCCAUAUCGAACCGGACCCGGAGAGUAUGGAUUGGGGGUGCUUCUUGAUCAUAACGAAAAGCAUCUUUAUGAUAAGGCUUUUGAAGAAUAUGGAUUCAAUAUGGUGGUCAGUGAUCGGGUAUCAUUGGAUCGAGUCGUACCAGAUCUCAGAGAUAAAGAAUGUAAGCACUGGCAUUAUCCGACAAACUUGCCCAAUACAAGUGUGGUAAUUGUCUUUCAUAACGAGGGUUGGUCAACUUUGGUUAGAACCAUUCAUAGCAUCUUUAAUACUACCCCUGAUGAACUGUUGGCAGAGGUACUCCUGGUUGAUGAUUACAGCGAAAAAGUCCACCUCAAAGGGAAACUAGAGGAAUAUAUUCGCGACCCGAGGUUCUCUGGAAAGGUCCGCAUUGUCCGGAACAAGAAACGAGAAGGUCUGAUCAGGUCCCGGACUUUUGGGGCUAGGAGAGCGAUAGGACAGGUCCUAACAUUCCUUGAUGCCCAUUGUGAAUGUGGACCAAACUGGCUCCCUCCCUUGUUGACAGAAAUUGCAUUAGAUAGAUCCACGAUAGUAUGUCCUACCGUCGACGCAAUCAGCGCUGAUACCUUCGCCUACACAUCACAGGGUGAUGGGCUCUGUAGAGGUGCCUUUGACUGGGAUUUCUGGUAUAAAAGAAUCCCUGUUAGACCUUACUGGAACAGGCUCGGAUUGAAACACAAAAGCCAACCCUACCCCUCUCCCGUCAUGGCAGGAGGACUGCUAGCUCUUGAUAGAUCGUAUUUCUUUGAACUUGGAGGAUACGAUCCAGGAUUACAAAUCUGGGGAGGAGAAAAUUUUGAAAUUUCAUUCAAAAUUUGGAUGUGCGGUGGUUCUUUGAAGUUUGUACCCUGUUCUAGAGUAGGUCAUGUUUAUCGGAAGCAAGUUCCUUAUAGCUAUCCACCAUCGGGUGUAGAGGGUGUAUCAGUAGUAGACUUGAAUUACAUGCGUGUAGUUGAAGUUUGGCUUGAUGAAUACAAACAGUCAUUCUAUGCCACCAAACCCUUGCUUGAAGGCAAACCUUGUGGUAACAUCACCAAACAAGUUGACUUCAGAAGACAGAACUGUCCCAAGUCAUUCAAAUGGUUCAUGGAAGAAAUUGCUUUCGACACCUUACAAGAAUAUCCACCACCAGCUAAGAAUAAAGUUUGGGGAGAGAUACGAUCUGUUGACUCUGAGCUCUGCUUGGAUACCAAUGGGGAGCAGAAUGACCCCGCCCAUGCUUCUAUGGGUAUGGAAGGUUGCCAUGGAAUGGGUGGUAACCAGCUCUUCCGAAUCAACACCAAGGGACAGUUAGUAGCCGAGGAUGGAUUCUGUUUAUAUGCAAGACCGGCCAGAGAGAAGCUUGUCUUCACAAAAUGUACUGCAGAGAAGUCUUUCACAUCAGAAGUCACAAUGUGGGACUACGAUUCGGAUCGACAAAUCAUACAUUUGGAGAGACGGAGAAGGUGUCUGGAUCACAAUCAAGAAACAAACGAAGUCUUUGUUUCACCUUGUCAACAUGGUCAAACAUCACAACAAUUCAAAUUUUACAGAGAGGAAAUUCGAUGAUUACAGCUGUUAUGAUUUUUUAAUUACGUGUUUUAAUUUUUUUAUUAUUAUAUUGUAUUGUGUUAAAACAAUCAGAGAAAUCCAUUAUAUUUUGCUUUUGUCCGUUGAGAAGACGACAAAAGAUUAUGGUGUUGUUUCUCCGUCACUCAUUCUCAUUUUUUCAAAUAUAUCAUACUAAAAUUUUGUCUCCAAAGUUUGGAUUAGGCCUACAUUGGAUUAUGAUUGAAAAUUUUCAAAUCUUAGGAAAGUGUAGUUACUGUUAUGGUAUCAUUUUUGUUGUGAAAAAUUAUAGCUAAUUUGCGGCCUUUAUACGUUUUAGAAUGUUCUUUCAAAAUGUAAUUAUCAUGUUGCUCUAAUUGUAAAUAGAAUGUAAUUAACAAAACGUAUUUAUAUGUUUCUUUGAAUUUGUAUACUCUUUGUUAGAUUAACGUUUGUUGUAAUUUUAAAUAAACAUGUUACCUAUAGAACGAAAAGGAUUACAAAAAUCUUGCCAAUGUACAGAAAAUAUAUGAAAAAUGGGUUUCAGUAACAUUCCUUAUUUUCAUGUAAAUGUUAAUGUUUUCUUUUUUAGUGAUACUAUUAUUUAAUUAAUUGCUUGACUACUGAAGCAGCAUUUUUGACAGAACCAUGAGGGGAGUUUUAUUUUAUAUAUCACAAUCGGUAAUCUUGAAAAUCUUGUCGUGCACUUUUAAAAUUCGAAAGAAAUGUGGUUUGACAAGUUAAAACAUCUACCUGACUUGUAACAAUUGUAUCUCUAACAAUAUUGAUUCAACUCUCGCAUGAUACACACACAAACAAGAUAUAAAAAAUCGUGUAGAUUUGAAGGCAGACAUUCCUUUGACUAGUUUAACAACUGGCAAAAUGGUGGUCAACCCUUCCGGAUUCCCAGUUGUGACUCACAACUGGGAAUCCGGAAGGGUUACUUGUGACGAGGCCCCUGCUUCGCAAGCAAAUUAAUUUGGAUAUCACAAGUAGUGAAGUGAAACCAUUUUGUCUAUGAUUAGUGAAUAUAUACGAUUUCUCUUAUAUGUACAACAGUAAGUUACCUCAAUAUUCUUCCUUCUGUAAUUACAAUUACUAUAGCAGUUUACCUCAUCUCCAAGUGAGUGGGCCAGCCUGUAUAAAUUCAUUACCCUUCUCUAUAUACACGCUCUGUUAAAAUAUGUUAGGUAUCAGCUGAUCUGUAUGUAGCAGCAGGUCACAUUUCAACGUCUUUAAUUAAUGGAAAACCUCUUCUUAUCAAAAUCAGUGUAUCUUUAAAGAUUUCAUAGAACUAUACUUUCAUCAACGCUGUAUUAAUGUAUAUCAUGAAAUAAAAUCAUUGCUGCUUUUGUAUCAAAA